GACCCGGGGACCAUGUCAGACGAGGAAGCUGGCAAGCCCCGGCGGGCUGCAGAUGAUGACAACUCUGGCCUCGGUUUCUGUGGAUCGAUCCUGGUGCUGAUCUCGAUUCUUUUCACUGUUAUUACAUUUCCUAUAACAAUAUGGAUGUGCAUAAAGGUUAUCAAGGAAUACGAGCGAGUCAUCAUCUUCCGCCUCGGACGCAUCCUGAAAGGGGGAGCAAAGGGACCAGGUUUGUUUUUUAUCCUGCCUUGCACAGACAGCUUCAUCAAAGUUGAUAUGAGAACCAUCACUUUUGAUAUCCCUCCUCAGGAGAUCCUGACCAAGGACUCGGUGACAGUCAACGUGGAUGGAGUGGUUUAUUACAGGGUGCACAACGCCACCCUGGCCGUGGCAAAUGUCACCAACGCUGACUCAGCCACCCAGCUCCUGGCACAGACCACCCUGAGGAACGUCCUGGGCACCAAAAACCUCUCUGAGAUCCUCUCUGACCGUGAGGAAAUUGCCCGCAGCAUGCAGGCCACACUUGAUGAUGCAACAGAUAAUUGGGGCAUUAAGGUGGAACGUGUGGAGAUCAAGGAUGUGAAGUUACCUGUCCAGCUGCAGAGAGCCAUGGCUGCAGAAGCAGAGGCUGCCCGGGAGGCAAGAGCCAAGGUGAUCGCGGCCGAGGGGGAGAUGAACGCGUCCAAGGCGCUGAAGGAGGCGUCCAUGGUGAUCACGGAGUCUCCUGCUGCUCUCCAGCUGCGCUACCUGCAGACCCUGACCACCAUCGCUGCCGAGAAGAAUUCCACCAUCGUCUUCCCCCUGCCCAUAAACCUCCUGCAGGGCCUCCUAGAACGGAUUAAUAACAGAAGAGGUGGAGCCAACGUAGGGAAGACUAAGACUCGUCAGGCUGCCACCAGCAUUGAGUCUGACAUCCAUAGAAUCUGGGACGAGGCAGUGGAACUGAAAUGACAAGACCACUGAUGUGAUUUAGGCCUGGGUACCUGUGCCUCGACACGCUGUGCCUUUGUCACUGGCAGGAGAUGCCCAAGUGCUGUUGUUUUUCUGCCUGUCUGCUGGGCAGGUUUUCCUCUGCAACACCAAAGCAAUAUACUCUGUGUUUGUCAAGGUGGCAGCUGAUGUAAGCUGAGCUUAACUUCUGGCUGGGAGCGGGAGAAACAGUUAACAAAGCUGGAAUAAUUAGCAUUGCUGUGCUCAGGCACUUGGAGUGGGAAGCAGAGCCACAGCACAGCUCCAGGUUAAUCCUUGGGGAAGAUGAGUCACCCUGUAACUCCCGCUGCUGCUGCAGGUGCCACCCCUGUGAAUUCUUGUUGAUAGCACAAGAUGCUUUUUUGCUCUCAUCCUGAAUAAAAAAACAUGCUGUUUACGUAUGA